CCUGGUACUGCACACACUGCUUAACAGCCACACUUGCCUCAUCCUGCCUGGGCAUUAGUUGACUUCAAAGAUGCCUCAGUUACUGCGAAACAUUCAUGGGAUCAUUGAGGCCUUUGGGCGCUACGCCAGAACGGAGGGCAGCUGCACAGUGCUCACCCGAGGGGAGCUGAAGAGGCUGCUGGAGCAGGAGUUUGCUGAUGUCAUAGUGAAGCCCCAUGAUCCAGCCACUGUGGAUGAAGUUCUGCACCUGCUGGAUGAAGAUGAGACAGGGACUAUAGAAUUCAAGGAGUUCCUGGUCUUAGUGUUUAAAGUAGCCCAAGCCUGUUUUAAGACAUUAAGUCAGAGCGUUGGAGGAGCUUGCAGGUCUCAAGCGUCUGGGAGCCACCACACUGGGUUCUCGAAAGAUACUGGGGAAGGUCAGAGGAGUGGCACUGAAGUAGGAAGGGCCAGCAAAGGACAGCGUCAUGAAGGAAGCAGCCACGGGCAGGGUGAGCAGGCUUCCCGAGGGCAGGGAAGGCCCGGGACUCAGACCCAGGUUCAGGACAUCAGCUCUCCACAGGUCAGCAGCCAUGACAGGCAGGCCUCGUCCCAGGGACAGGUCCAGGUGAGCCAGCAGACACGAGUGACGGGGUAUGUGGAGCAGACUCAGGGAGCGGGAGACAAUGAGAGUCCUCAGGCAAGCGAGAGGAAGUGGAAAAGACAGUCACCGAUCAGCGAACAGAAAGGGGUGACCAGAACCAGAACCACAUCACAGGUCCAGACAGGGGCGACCCAGACUGUGGAACAGGACAGGAGCCACCAGACGGGAAGCACCAGCACGCAGACACAGGGGGCCUCCCACGGCCAGACCAGAGAGACCAGCCAGGCUGUGAAGGGACACGUCCAGUCACAGGCAGGGUCACAUAGUCAAACACACAUCCAAACAAGGGAACAGGAGAGGAGCCACCAUACAGGAAGCACCAGCAUCCGGACACAGGGGGCCUCCCACGGCCAGACCAGACAGACCGAGGCCCAGAGUCAAGACAGCAGCCAGACCAGCCAGGCUGUGAAAGGACACGUCCAGGCACAGGCAGGGCCACACAGCCAGGCCACAGAGCAGGACAGGAGUCAGACUGUAAGCCAUGUAGAGGACAGAGGUCAGGGACAGACCCAGGCACAUUCAGGCUGUGGUCAAAGAGAGACACAAGCAAGUGGGGCGGGGCGGGCCCAGACCGGGACAAGCACUGUGACAGGGCAAGGAGAUCCGAGCAGCACUCAGCCCAGCGGGGCCGGAGGUCAGGGGGAGAGAAAGCCCACAGAGGUGAGAGAGGAGUGGGUCGAUGACCACUCGAGGGAAGUGGUGAUCCGAAGCCAGGACCGAGGCGGCCCACACGCCCGCCCUCCUUCAGAGUAG